AUGGGGACCAAGUUACUGCUAAGUGAUCUUGCUUCAUUAUGCGUGAAACAAAUUCCUUCCAAUUACAUCCGUCCUGUCUCUGACCGUUCGAAUUUUUCUGAGGUUGAAACAUCCGACUUCAUCCCUCUGAUCGACCUUGAAGGCUUGCACGGUCCUCGCCGCUCGAAGAUUAUCAAGCAGAUUGGCCAAGCAUGCCAAGACUAUGGUGAAGAACCAUGUAGUUUCCGAGAAGAUGAUGAAUAA